AUGUGGAACAGUAAGGGUGUCGCCCUUUUGGGCCUAGGAUUUCUUGUGGAUUCUGCCUACGCUGCAGCAUCUCAAUCCUACACUUGGAAGAAUGUCAUUACUGGUGGAGAUAUUAAUGAGUUAUCCACAGGCGGCGGAGGCUUUGUACCUGGCAUUGUUUUCAAUCCAUCUGAAAAAGGACUAGCAUAUGCUCGUACUGAUAUUGGAGGGGCAUAUCGUCUAAACUCAGAUGAUACAUGGACUCCGUUGCAAGACUUUGUGAAUAACAGCAACUGGAAUCACUGGGGCGUAGAUGCACUUGCUACAGACCCGGUCGACACGGGUCGGCUGUACCUAGCAGUGGGCAUGUACACAAAUGACUGGGAUCCCAAUAAUGGAGCCAUUAUGCAAUCAACAGACAAAGGCGCAACCUGGACCCAGUCAGCUUUACCAUUCAAAGUUGGCGGAAACAUGCCAGGACGGGGUAUGGGCGAGGUAACAGUGAUUCGAUUGGCCUGGAAUCAGACUAAUAUGCCACAAGGCACGUACUUUCAAAAUGCAAGCUCAUCAUAUACUUCCGAUCCCGUCGGAAUUGCUUGGGUGACCUUCGAUGCAACAUCAGGUAGUCACGGAUCUGCCACCCCUCGGAUCUUUGUUGAGGCAGGGGCGUGGGUAUCCGGUGAACCCAUGUACGGCUUCCUGCCGCACAAGGGGGUUCUUUCUCCUUUUGAGAAGACCCUUUAUAUCUCCUACUCCAACGGUGCCGGUCCGUACGACGGAACAAAUGGCACAGUUCACAAGUAUAAUAUUUCAUCCGGCGUGUGGACUGAUAUUAGCCCAACAUCUAUAGCAAGCACAUACUACGGCUAUGGGGGUCUCGCAGUUGAUUUGCAGGUUCCCGGAACCAUCAUGGUGGCUGCUCUUAACAGCUGGUGGCCCGAUGAGCUCAUCUGGCGCAGUACCGACUCCGGUGUGACCUGGUCUCCAAUCUGGGCAUGGAACGGAUAUCCUAACGCCAACUAUUACUAUGACUAUAGCAUCACUAACGCGCCAUGGCUCCACGACAAUACCUCGACUGCCGAGUUCCCGGUACGGGUAGGAUGGAUGGUGGAAGCUUUGUCAAUCGAUCCAUUUGACUCCAACCACUGGCUAUACGGCACUGGCGCAACAAUUUAUGGUGGCCAUGAUCUGAAGAAGUGGGAUUCUGCACACAAUGUCACGCUUGAAUCACUUGCAUACGGAAUUGAAGAGAUGGCUGUUCUUGGUCUCAUUGCUCCUCCCGGAGGCCCAGAGCUCUUGUCUGUAGUCGGUGACGUUGGAGGGUUUUAUCAUUCCGACCUUGACACGCCGCCCUCACAGUCGUUCCACACUCCCACUUACGGAAGUACAAACGGAAUUGACUAUGCAGGAAACAAGCCCUCGAAUAUUGUCCGAUCAGGGUCAAGUGAUAGCGAUCCUACCGUAGCUUUGUCGACUGAUUUUGGGAAAACCUGGUCCGCCGACUACGCAGCGACUUCCAGGACAGCAACCGGACAUGUUGCCCUGUCUGCCGACGGAGAUACGGUGCUUCUCAUGUCAAGCGCAGGGGCUAUGAUAUCGAAGUACAGCAGCACGUUCAGCACUGUAUCAACUCUUCCAUCCGGGGCGGCGAUCGCUUCUGACAAGUCUAAUAGCACUGUCUUCUACGGAGGAUCCGCAGGCAGUUUCUAUGUCUCGACCAACGGUGGCACCUCAUUUAGCAAAACAGUCAGUCUUGGCUCCAGUACGGCCGUCAAUGCCAUUCGUGCGCACCCCUCUAUUGCAGGUGAUGUCUGGGCCUCGACUGACACCGGUCUCUUCCACUCCACCGAUUAUGGUAGCACCUUUACCAAGAUCGGGAGCACUUGUACAGCGGGCUGGAGUUUUGGUCUUGGAAAGGCGUCUUCAACGGGCUCCUAUGCUGUGAUCUUUGGUUUCUUUACUGUUGAUGGAGUGACUGCCCUUUAUAAGACCGAAGAUCAAGGCACUAACUGGCAGAAAAUCUCCGACUCCUUAUAUGGAUUCGGCGCUGUUUCUUCCAAUGUUGUUAACGGAGAUAUGUCAAAUUACGGGCGUGUCUUUGUGGGAACUAAUGGAAGGGGAAUCUUCUAUGGUGAACCAAGUGGAAGCCUACCCUCUUCUAGUACACCCUCUACCGCUACGCCGACUACCAAUAAAGUGUCUACAACCUCUACAACAACAACGAUACCAGGAACUACGACCACAAGCCGUACUACAACCACCACUAUUUCAACAUCUACUGCGUCAACUACAAUCACGCAAACAUCUACUACCAUCAGCUCAUCGGCAACUUCCACUGCCACAGCGUCUCCAUACGCGCAAUGUGGUGGAAACGGAUAUACUGGUGCCACAACGUGCCCAAGUGGAUGGACCUGCACCCAUUAUAACGACUAUUACUCCCAAUGUAAGUGA